CUGGCAAUAUUAAAAAGGCAAGUGUGCAAAUCUCAUAGAUAUUCAGUAGGUGAAAAUUUAUAGUUCGCAUUAACAAUUGACGUUGAUUUGAAUUUAGCCGCAGGCUGAGGAAUCGGAGGCCAUAGUUUUCCAAACGGUAUUGUUUUAUUCAUUGGCCAUUUUGCUGUCACCAAUUGCAGCAUUCAUAGUCAGCAAAGUAACACUGAGUGGUGUCUUUGGUUUGGAAACACAUUCUUGCAAUAUAUGGUCUGCAGUUAUAGCAGUUAUAGUUUUGCAUCUAAUGCUUGGUCUUUACAUUUAUCGCACAUUCUACCCUGCUCCUACCAAGCAAACCAAGCAAGACUAAAACUUCUAACUGAAAACGUCACUAGAGAAACAAUAAAAGAUGAGCUGUGAAAUUGGUCCAAAGAUUGUAGGAUGUAGAGUAGUUAUAAAAACACUGAAUUCAAGGAUUGAAGGUGAUGUUCGUAAUGUGGACUCAAAUUGUUCCAAAGUGUCUUUGGUAAAUGCUGCUGUGGUGGCAACUGGUGCUAAGCUUCCUGAAUUAUAUAGAAUUUUUGUCAAAGACAUUGUUUCAAUUACACUUGCUGGUGAAAAUGAUAUAAGUCCUGAAAAUCUUACUUCUGGUCUGAGCCAGUUGUCCUUCAAUUCCCCACCUUGCAUUGAAAAGAAAGUUAAACCUUUAUUAAUAACUCACAUUGAGAAGAAAUGCAGCUCAGUUCAUCUUCCACCACCAUCAGCCCCCAGCAAUGAUAGAAAAAUCCAACCUUUAGUAAUGCAGAAGGUUCUGCCAGCUCACAUAAAAACUCUGAAUAAUAGCAUUCAAGUUGACGUUUUGACAAACAAAGUCCCGUUUGAGAAAGCCGGUGAAGGUGGUCUGGCAUCUACCCUACCAAAUUACACGUUGAUUGAGAAUAUUGACGAGUUAUACAAAAGCGCGAUUGGCAGGUUGGAAAAAGAAUCUGUUAUUGGAUUAAGCGUGGAGGGCGUUAGGACUGGACGAUUCGGUGUUGUGUGUUGGAUUGGCAUAGCCACGAGUGAUCAUGUUUUCCUGUUCGACAUGUGCAGUUUAGGUUCUACGGGCGUCAAUCGUGGACUAGCCAAUAUCUUUACGAAUGAUAAAGUCAUUAAGGUCAUCCACGAUUGUAGAUGUAUGUCCGAUGCUUUUGUCCAUCAAUACGGUGUCAAAUUGAACAACGUCUUUGAUACCCAAGUAGCUGCGUUGGUGGUUGACAAGAACAAAUAUGGAAAGUUUAAUAGGUACGUUCCUUCGCUCACCAGAAGUCUAACUGAUAUCUUAAAUCUUCCCAGUAUGUCAAUGUACCAUCCAAGGAAAAGGAUGGGUCACGAAAAGGAAGAUGAGGCUAUAUGGAAAACCCGUCCAUUGCCACAACACCUUAUUGAAGGGGCCGUCUUCAAUGUUUGCUGGUUGAGAAAACUCCGUUUAGCAAUUAUGGAGAUACUUCUGAGUGAUGUUACCUUCGGGACCAGUUUAUAUUUGAAGGAGAUCAGUGAGCUUGCUGACGAUUCUGUAGCGGAGAAAGGAGUCGUUGCUCAUGUGAUUCCAAUGAGUUUCAAAGCACUGCAUAAAAUGUCGAGAAAUGGAGACGCUUGCGAAGAUUUCCACGAUACCGUCCCACAAAACGGAUGCGAUCCAUACGUGUCUUUUACGCGCCACAUUUCCCACGUCCGUAAAACAUAAUCAUGCUUCAGUUUGCUUCAGUACCACUUUCCAUGAUGGUGUUUCUCGCCUCACCUUCCAUGAUUGUUUUCUGCACCAUAAGAAAUUUUUCAUCCGCUAGUUCUCUAAGAAUCGUAUUGAUUUUUUUUUCUAAAUUAGUGUGUUGAAACUUGAAAAACUUUGUUUCGGCCCAAAUUAAGAAGGGUCACUGUUUUUGGUGGGAUACCAUCUCAAUCUACUGUCAUGCUUAUGUCUAAUGGUGAAGACAUUCGUAAUCCGCCACGACCCGUUUAGUAUUGUCCUUUUGAAAAAAAAAAAAAAAAAAAAUUAACCCUACUUGGACUUUUCGACUUCAGAAACUUAGCCUCUCUAAAAUUGUUUUGUAUUAUUAUAUUGAUUAAUUCAUCUAUGCUGUGCGCGAGGCUGGCAGUACCUCGUUCAACUAUAGUGUGACACGAAACAUCGAGUUAAAACAAAUAAACAAAACAGUGUAGUGAA